AUUUUUCGUCGUGUCAGUGUUGGCACUACUGCUUCGUUCUGUAGAAGUACGCCAUGAGCCGAAAUUUCUGAAAAGGGAGUGUGAUUUGUUUUCAGUUUAAAGCAGUUUAAAAGUACGAGAAAAAUGUCUUCGGCGGGAUCUAGCGGUUCGGGGCGCGGCAGGGGCGGCGCCGCCGUCUCCGGCGACCAGAAGGAGGCUAAAGAGAGCAAACCCAACCCGAAGAUGUCGAAGGCGUUGGGCACGUCUGCGAAACGCAUACAGAAGGAGCUGGCCGAGAUCACUUUGGACCCGCCGCCCAACUGCAGCGCCGGCCCCAAGGGCGAGAACUUCUACGAGUGGGUGUCGACGAUCCUCGGCCCGCCCGGCUCGGUCUACGAGGGCGGCGUUUUCUUCCUCGACAUCCACUUCUCGCCAGAGUACCCCUUUAAGCCGCCCAAGGUCACCUUCAGGACGAGGAUCUACCAUUGCAACAUCAACAGCCAGGGCGUGAUCUGCUUGGACAUUCUGAAGGACAACUGGUCGCCCGCGCUCACCAUCUCCAAGGUCCUGCUCUCCAUUUGUUCUCUGCUCACAGACUGCAAUCCAGCUGAUCCGCUAGUGGGCAGCAUAGCGACGCAAUACCAACAGAACCGAGAAGAACACGAUCGCAUCGCCCGAUUGUGGACGAAACGUUACGCGACGUGAUCGCCCUGUUGCCGUUACGCCGACGCCGCAAAUACGCCACCACUUCGCCACAAAUGGCAACGUUGUACGGUAUACUCAUCAACUAUAACCAUUACGUCAUCACCCGCUACCACUCUAACUGCUGCAGUUUAAAUAAUACUAUAUCGAUUGUUUGUCUUGUCAAAAAAAUAACAAAAAAAAAAUGAACGUUCAUAGUGCGAAGUAGACUUUUUAUUAGAAAUGGGGUAGUUAAAUUUUUUCUGACCUAUACUUUUUAUGGUUUUAUUCAAGGCGUUUUGUAAUUUUAAACAUUUCUGUGAAAUCAGAAUUUCAAUUGAGUUUACCGUUUUCGAGAUAUUUACAAAAAAUAUAAAUUUUUAUGACGUCACAAACCUCGCCAUGUGACCAACAUUCUAAGAUUUCUAUUGGUUGAAAAUUACCCUGUUGUCAAGUUGUCUUGUUAAUGAUUUGAUUCGGUUAUGUCAGAAAAUACCCGAAGAGGUUAUGUACAAAUACUGUCACUGUCAGUUGAGUGAAAGAUGGUCACCAAAUUCAUUAAGUACCUAUCUUCCUUAUUACGCGGUAUCAUAUUACUGUUUGAUAUUUUAGAGUCCAAGAUAUAUCUAAAAGAAUAUAAAGAACUAGGCAUUAUACUAAUGAAGUGCAUUUAUGACAAAAUAUGAUUAUAUGAUUAUAGGUACUUACUUUAUUUGUUUAAAAGCUCCAAUGUUCAAUGUAAUCAACCAUUCCACAAGAUUUCUCUGCUUUGGAGUCCAUUAUUAAUAAAUCACUUAUCUAAUAUCAAUUACAAAUAUCAUAACAAUAACAUUGAUUUUCAAUAAUCUAAAUUAAAAAAAAACAUAACCCGAAAAAAAGAAACGUCAAAAAAUCAAUUUUUCUUCUCAACUAAAAUUAUAGAUCAAGUGGUUUUAAAACUAAAAUAUUAUAACGUGGCGCCAUCUAUCGUAAGAAUCUUAAACUAAACACACUGGCAACCAUAGAAAAAGCUGGCAACGUUGUCAAUAGCCUAGUGACGUAAUUAGGAGAUUUUUUUUUGUAAAUAUCUCGAAAACGGUAAACUCAAUUGAAAUUCCGAUUUCACAGAAAUGUUCAAAAUUACAAAACGCCUUGAAUAAAACCAUAAAAAGUAUAGGUCAGAAAAAAUUUAACUACCCCAUUGUUUUGUCUCAGUGGCCAAAAACUGUUUUAAUUGUUUAUUUAUAACACGACUAUUAUUCGAGUUCCUUGUUGAGAAACAACGCGUUCUUUCAUAUCAAAAAAGCCAAGUUUUAUUUGUUUUUUUUUUAUAUAUUAUAAUCGAUGGUUUCCAUUAUACAGGGCGAGUCAGAAACCCAUCUCCACUCAGUACCUACAUACAUCAAAAUUAUUGAAUUAAAAACCUUCCAAUCAACAUUGAUUCACCCUGUAUACUUUUCUCCUUGUAAGAGCGUGCAAUUAACGUUUAAGAUACUGUGUAGAUGCUUGUGCGGAAUUAUUAUUUAAAUAAAAAAAUCGUUUUCGAAAUUCGCGACUUUUCUUUCCACGGAAAAUAAAGUCGCAAUUUCAAAACACCCCAGAGCACUCAAAUUGUCGUCAAACAACCCAGAAACCCGCUUAUUUGUAUAUAUCCUACUUUUAAACGUCAAACGAUUUAUCAUUUUAUUCGAAUUAUUCCGACAAUAAUUUUAGUGCUCGUUUUCUGUGACUAUAUGCGCUAAUUUUGGCACGUCACAAAAUCGUACAACUCAGUUGUCGGAUUUUGCGACGUUGCCGUUGGUUUUGUGAUGUGUUUUUUCUAAUUGAACCGAGGAUGUUUUUUGUUGUAUCAAUAAUAAAAAAGUCCUCCCCCUCCCCCAACUGCUUGUGUAAAGUAUACUUUUUUUACUAAAUUAAGAGAAUAUGGACUAUAUUCUUCUAGUACUGUUUAGUUUAUGUAACAAUAAAUUUUAGUAAGUAAUGUAAUGAAAUGCGUUUUAUUUACCUGACUUUCUUAAUAAAAAAAUACAUUUCAGCUACAAAAAUUACAGAGGAACAAACCAAACCCAAAAGUAAUUUCGUUUCUUGCUCCAAAUAUCCAAUUAUUAAAUUAAUUCCAUAAUAUCCAAACACAAAUCCUGUUAUUAACGAUAAAAAAACCUGGACUGCUCCCAAAAUAUACUGAUUUAUUUCUUUUAACUCUUCCGAUAAAGUUUUUUCUCUAAUAUCUUCAAUAUUCAUCAUAUUUUUAUAUUCCAUAUUCAACAAGUUUGCUCUUAGAAUAUUACAUCUUUUCUCCAAUUCUGAAUUUCUUUUAAUUUCAGGAUUUUCAGGCAAAUUUAUAAUGGAAUUUUCAAGUAAUUCAUGCAAAAACACUCUUUCCUUGGAGAUUUUUAGUUUUUCUUCGAUUUUUAUUAAAUCUUCAACGUACAACAACGCUUUUGAACUUUCUUCAAAAUUAUUGACCUUAAGAUAAGUUUUAAACCUUUCUGCGGGCUCAAUUCUUACCAAGUUAUCUUUUAAAGGCCCUUUAAGCGCCAUUGUACCGUCAAAAUACGAAUAACCUCAAAAGUUUAUUGAUUUGCAUUGCAUCGUUUCAAGUGCACAGUGUAAUCGCC